AUGACGGAGAAACAGAGACGAGGCUCUGACCAACAAUGGGUGAAUGAGCUCCUGCAUCAGGAGGCAGGUGUGGCCACAGUCCACCAUGAGUCCAACAACAGGAAGCAGGAAGUGCUGAAAACAUGUCAGCUCUCGUGCACAUCUGCUGCAGAGAAGGAGGGCGGAGGCGAAGACCACGCAGACAAACAGAAGCAGUUCGGAGACCGGCGCGAAGGGGUGACCGGAGCUCGCACCUACUUCUAUGCCGACGAGGCCAAAUGCGACCAGCACAUGGAAACCUUCAUCAAAUGCAUCCAAGCAUGUGGUGGGACUUCAGUGGACGGCUUCUCUGCCAUCAAAAUGACGGCUCUGGGGCGGCCCCAGUUCCUGCUCCAGUUCUCAGAGGUGCUGGUGAAAUGGCGGCGAUUCUUCACCUUCCUAGCGUCGCAGCAGGGCAGCGGUGGCGUGGAGGCUGUGGAGCACAGGCUGGAGCUGAACCAGCUGCAGGAAUUCCUGAACAAACUGGGAGCAAAAGGCGACUUCUAUGACUGGUUUAGUGGAAGGAAGGAACAGACUUCAGGAACCAUUGACAUGAUUGACUGGAACAGCCUGAUAGACGACAGAACCAAGAUAUCGGAGCUCCUGGUUGUUCCCAACGUGGAGCGAGGUGAGCUGCAGCCCCUGCUGGCAGCGUUCACAGUGGAGGAAGAGAGGCAAAUGAAGAGGAUGCUGCAGCGCAUGGACAUCUUGGCCAAGCACGCCGUGGAGAACGACGUCCGCCUGAUGGUGGACGCGGAGCAGAGCUACUUCCAGCCGGCCAUCAGCCGGCUGACGCUGGAGAUGCAGAGGAGCUACAACCGGAGCAAGCCGGUGGUCUUCAACACGUACCAGUGCUACCUGAAGGAGGCCUUCGACAACGUGACGGUGGACGUGGAGCUGUCGCGGCGCGAGGGCUGGUGCUUCGCUGCCAAGCUGGUGCGUGGGGCCUACAUGCAUCAGGAGCGGGACAGGGCCCAGCAGCUGGGCUACGAGGACCCCAUCAACCCGGACUAUGAGUCCACCAACAGGACGUACCACAGAUGUCUGGAUCACGUGCUGGAUGAGAUCGCGCGCCACAGGAACGCCAGCGUCAUGGUGGCUUCGCACAACGAGGACACGGUGAAGCACACCCUGAGCAGAAUGAAGCAGCUGGGACUCCUGCCCCGGGAAAACAAGGUGUACUUCGGCCAGCUGCUGGGCAUGUGUGACCAGAUCAGCUUCCCUCUGGGCCAGGCAGGCUUCCCCGUCUAUAAGUACGUCCCCUACGGGCCGGUGAACGAGGUGAUGCCCUACCUGUCUCGCCGGGCCCAGGAGAACCGGGGCUUCAUGAAGGGGGCCCUGAAGGAGAGGGAGCUGCUGUGGAAGGAGCUGAAACGCCGGCUCGUCUCUGGGGAGCUCCUCUACAGACCCCAGUACUGAAAAAGCACCAGAGGCAGAGUUUUUUUGCCUGCUCAGGGUGACGGCUGCUGCUGUGACUGUCUGCUCGCUACACGGCUCUCUGGGUGGAAACCUCCCGUUCGCGUCUGUCCAGGAGCCGCAUUGCACAGGCUCUGUUUCUGGAUGCUCCUGUCUUCUUCUGUCUUCACGCAGCCUUUCGGUUCCUCGCUGGCGCUCAGCUUCAUACUGUUCUAUCUGCAUUCCUCAUUUUUGUCCUGUCUCUAUUGUGUACGGAGCUCUGACAUCCAUCAUGCGGGCAUCUUUACUGCUCCAAAAGGACUCUCUAAAAUGUCAAUGAGACUGGGCUGGGAGUCUGUUUUUAUCACCCCAUAUAUCUCAGAAAGGGACAAUAAUGAAAAUAACAGGCUUGAUUUAAAUGGUACUAAAGCAAACAUCCAUAUUCCCGUCCUGCAUUCUGUGUCUUUUGACUCUUGGACGGCUCCAGAGGCCCCAGAGGAGGCUUCUCGCUACACUGAGCGUCUGAGGUUGUACUGCCGCUUUGGAAAUGAUGCCUAUUUAUGAAUCAAUGAGAGCGUUUGGCUCCUCGACGCGCAUCCGUCCCCGUCCAGGACGCCGGCGCUCUUGUUAAUGCAUUUAGCGCAUGAAGCUUUAUUCUUUGUCACUGAGCUGUGACGACAAAACAUGCAGCUUCUCAGACGCUCGAACGCUUUGGGUGACUUUACUUUAUUUUGUCUUCACAUUUAGGAAACUCACAAGUUGCAUUUUGUCCUUGUUCCAUUUCCUGAGCUGACUCAUCUGAAAAAAUAAAUUGUUUUGUUUUUAAGGGCAAAA